AGGGAUGGAUUUUCCUCUAAAAAUGAUUAUGAUAAAAUAUACACUCAAACAUUUCGUCCCCGCUUUCGAAAACCAUCUUUUGAGUUUCAAUCUUUAUCGCAAUGUAAAAUACUUUCACAUAUAUUCUCAAUUCUCUAUAGCAUCUUGGUUUGAUCAACCUCGUUUCAUUUUGAUCAAACUUGCAUAAGUUCAAAAGUUACUUCAAACUUAUCUCCGAAUAACCAUUGAAUGAUUUCAGAAAACUCUCUUUCUUGAAUGUCAUCUGUUUGCGUUAUUGGAGCGGGAACCGCUGGCUUAGUUGCAGUUAAGACUUGCCUCGAAAAUGGUCUUCAGCCUACUUGUUUUGAAACAAGCGAUGAGAUUGGAGGUCUGUGGUUCUAUUCGGACCAACUGCGCUACAAACAAGGUUCAGCUUCUUAUAAAAACCUGACCGCUAACACUCCUGCUAAUUUUAUGGCAUUCAGUGAUUACCCUUUUCCAGAAAACAGUCCAAUCUUUCCAUCACAUGAACAUGUUUGGGAUUACUUGGAUAGCUAUGCUGAGCACUUUUCGUUAAAACAGUUCAUAAAUUUCAACGUCGAAGUUACCAAAGUACAUUACGAUUAUGCAAAUAAAAACUGGAUUGUAGAAACCCAAUAUGUUGCCAAAACAGACCAUGGUGACUAUGAAAGAAGUCCUCGCGAUGAUAUUGCAUUCGACUAUGUUAUGGUGUCCACGGGAAUUAUGAGACGGCCAUUUAUUCCUCAAUGGAGGGGCAUGGAGUCCUUUAAGGGAGAGAUUGUUCACUCAAACUUGUUCCGAGAUGGAUGUGAUUACAGAGACCAGAGAGUGCUAGUUAUCGGAGCUGGAAACUCGGCUGGAGACAUAGUGUCUGAAGUGAGCAGGUGUUGUUCUCAGGUGGUACACCUCAGCAGCAGAAAAGGUCUGUGGGUAGUCCCAAGAUAUUGGCACCCGGGCAAAUGCACCUACGUUGACAUUACCAUGAACAGAUUUGGUUACUAUUUGAACAAAUUCCUUCCUAAAAGUCUCCUAGAAUUUUUUGGAAGGAAAAUUGCAAACUCACUAUUGAAUCAAAACGGUUUUGGGUUUAAUCCGAAGUAUUCGUUUGUGGAAAGUAAUGACAUCAUGGUUAAUGAUGACUUGCCACUAUUGGUUGGAAACGGUCGAGUAAAAUUCAUCAGCGAAGGAAUUGCGUUCUUCGAAGGAAACGAUGUCCAUUUCGCAGACGGAAAAGUUUUGAAGGACGUCGAUACUGUCAUUUGCGCAACUGGUUACAAUUGCGAUUUCAGUUUAAUGGACGAAACUGUUUUCGGUGGGCCGACUUUCAGAGAGACAAAGCUGUAUCAGAAUGUUUGGCCAAUAAAAAGUGAGCAGUAUGGAGAUAGUUUGGCUGUUAUUGGUGCAAUUUCUGCAGAUGGCUCAAUACAAACAAUCCAAGAACUACAAUCCAGAUGGGCGGUAUCAGUUUUUCUAAAACAAGCCAGACUACCUAGUGUCACUCAGAUGGAAAAAUGGUUUGUGAACAACAGGAGACAAAAAACUAAUCAAAGCGACAGUGCACUAAUGCGACAUCCUUCAAUCCUCUAUCAGGACUUUUUAGCCCAACAGGUUGGGUGUUAUCCUUCAGCGUGGAAAAUUUUAUUGCAAUAUCGCAGUUUAAGUUUGGUGUUUAAAUUAACCUUUGGAGCCCAUAUGCCCUUUGGGUUUCGAUUGGUCGGACCUCAUUCGUGGCCCGGUGCCUUAGAACGGUAUCAGAAGCAUCACAAAGCUGUUUCAUUUAUGAACUAUUGA